AUGGAGCCGGGAGGAGACGGCGGGGUGGCUACUAAGCCGCCGGCCCCUGCUAAUCCCGCGCAGAGGACGUCGGCGGAUUCUCAGACCACCUCUCCCACUUACCCGGACUGGGCGUCAGCCAUGCAAGUUGGUUGAUCUGGAGAACUCUUGCCAGUUUUCGGCAAUUUUUCUUUCCACAUUUGGAACCUGUGCAAGCAAUCUUCCCUGUUCUCUGCAACGCAGGUGUUCUACGCGGGCGGACCUGCUGCCUCUGGGACUCCCCAAGUCUUCUAUUCCCCUCCUCCCUCCCUCCCUCCUUUUGUCUGGGGAACCCAGGUUAAGGUUUCACCUCUCUCUACCCUCUUCCCUUUCUCCUCCAUCCUCUCUCCCUGAAUUUCGUCGGGUGCCUUUCAGCCACUGACAUACGAGACUCCAAUUCCGCAUGGUUCCAUGUUCCCUCACGGAGGCGCGUGCGCUCAUCCGGCUGCACUCACGGUAACCUUCCUUCCUGUUAGUAUGCGAUUUUUAUUUAUUGCGAAUUCUCCCAGAGAAGACCGAGACUUCAUCGUCAUGAGCAUCCUUCCCGAACCCAAUGAACAGAGUGAAACGGUGGCCAAUGGAGAGAAAGAAGCGAAGCCGCCAGAAGGAACCGAUUCAGGCCCAACGAAGGCGUCUGAUCGUGGUCCGGAUAAUGGCGGCAUGGGGGGUGGGAGCUCAGCUGAUGUCGAGAAAGGGACUUCUGGUUCCGACACGUGGUAUGCCUUCAGUUGUAGUCAAACGAUAGAUUUCAUCAGGGGAAGCAGCUACCAGCUGACCAGUCAGGAACUAUGCAGAACAGCAUACGAUUCUUUUCUUCAUUAUUUUUUUUUCCCCAUUCUAUGCAUAAUCCUUCGUCUGUUCUUUCUAAAAAUGUCCAGCAACGAAAGUGGAGGUGAAGAGUCCUCUAAAACCAGUAGAGAGGAUGUGAGUAGUUCUUUUUUUUUUGUUCGAAAAUAUACAAUUCAGAUUUUUAUUGUAUGCUUGUUGAACAUUGUGGAAACAGGGAAUAAUAUACUUGAAUAUUUAGUCUAAUCAAUAGAAAUCUUGGGUUUUUAUCAUGUGAUUAUAAUUUAUCGAACCGACGUAACUAUUAUUGACUUAAUUUCUGCAAGAAUAUUUGCCAAGCAGAACUGUUCUUCCUUGUAUUUAUGAUGAAGAGGGAACAAUACUCAUAAAUAUUUGCUAUAAUUAAUUGGAAUCUAUGGCUUUUGGCCUGUGGAUAGAAGUCGAUAAAAAAGCUAUUAUUUCCGUAAAUACAGAGCUCAUGGCCAUCUAAUGCAUUAAAUACAGACUAUUUAGCCUGAAUGACAAGCUUUUUACCCGAUAUUAAUCGAUCUCUUCCCCUCUUCAGGAUUUAUCAGCAUCUGCGAAGGGAGGUUAUGAUCAGAUCUUCCCAGGUGCUGUAAUAUAUCAAAAUCCAGACAUUUUUCUCGCUUAUUUAAUACCCAAUUCAGUCUUUAAUUCUUCCAUGAAUACUUAUCUUCGAAUCUUCUUUCUAUAGUUGACUGAUCUCUCUGCUUCAUCUCCAGUAAGCUUGGCACUGAGUUUCCCUGCUGCCAGCUCGCAUGAUGGGGUCCACCCGUGGAGCUCCUUUUGUGCUGGAAUUGGAAACAUGGAGAAGCAGGGGAUCUUACUGAACCCUGCGACUGCCAUGAACGGACAGAAGAAGCCAGUUCCUGACGACUUCAAAGGGAUGCAGGUGAGGGGGCGGCCCAUUUGGUCAUUCUUUAUCUUCCUAUCUCAUCCCCUCUGUAGAAUCUUCUAGUGAAGUAUGAUAUUUCUCUGAAGGAAGGUGGGGCUUUACUCAGCGGCUUUGUAUCUUCUUUCUUCUGUGAUCUUGGUAGGAUGAACACGAAGAGAAGAGACAGAAGAGGAAGCAGUCCAACAGAGAGUCGGCUAGGAGAUCAAGAGAACGAAGACAGGUAUUCCAAAAAUUGACCAACUUUUAUUGAUUAUUUCUUAUUUUUUUCGUACUAAAUUAAUGGUCAAUUUAUUGGGUUCUUGAAUCUUGGUGGGCAGUCCCCAAAGUUCUCGACGACCCUGAUUAUGUUGCUCUAAAUUAGGACAGAUUAUACAGAACUGAUGUAGAAUAUUAUUGAGAUAAUAUUUUCAACAGGAUGAGGUUAGACUUUAUUCAUAAAAUCAUAUCAUCAUCUUUAAUACAAGGCUAUAAAUGCAUAUGUAUCAUCUUCCCUAUUUGACUUUAAUUAAAAACUAUACCAUGAUGGCUAACUAUAUAUAAAAAUAUGAAGAAAUAAUAUGGUUCUUCUUAGGAUCCCACUCGGAUUCUUUCCACACAUCUCAUUCUCUCUCUCUCUCUCUCUCUCUCUCUCUCUCUCUCUCUCUCUCUCUCUCUCUCUCUCUCCCUUCGUUCUAUCAGAAAGAAUGUGAAGGGUUAGCGAGGCAGGUAGCCGCGCUGAACACCCACAACGCUGACCUGAGAAGUGAGAUUGACCAGCUUUACGCAGAAUGCAAGCGCAUAGGAGCUGAAAACGCAUCAAUAACGGUUGGCCUCUCCCUCACACUCCGAAGAAAGAAAAUUUCUUGGCUCUUUCCUAUUUUCGUCUUUGACUUUUUGAUGCCCUUUGCCCUUAAGCUGUCAGAUGUUGACUCGCCAUUAAUGGGAAGAUGCUUUAUAUUGGCAGGAAGAACUGAAGGCGUUAUAUGGGCCCAAUGUGUUGGUUGCCUUGGGAGAUUAGACUGGUCUGCCAGCUAUUCUCUGGUUCCAAAUGCUAAUGACCACAAGAAACAUGGGUCAUCAGCAUCCAGGAGCAAGCUCAAAGGCAACUUAUAA